AUGAAUCCCGCUAUGUUAUCCGUCACUCCGUCUUCUUCCUCUUCUGCCUCCACGCCGGCGCUGUUCUCACCUUUCAUCAACCCUUCGCCACUCCGUCUCACUCCCUCGUCUCUCUCUCUCCCCUCCCGCCGGCGUGUUAGGGUAUCCGUCCCUCGUAACUCGGCCGAUGUGUCGCCGCCAGAUGACUCGGCUGCUUCCGCUGCACCGCCCGCCACCACCACCAGUGUUUUCGGAGAGAGGAAGGAGUUGACCGGGAUUCAGCCCUUGGUGGAUAGCCUUUCUCCGCCGCUCAGGUUGGCUAGCUCCGCCGUAAUCCUGGCUGGAGCUGUUGCGGCCGGGUAUGGUUUGGGGCUGCGAUUCGGCGGGAACCGCAAUUUAGCUCUGGGUGGGGCGGCUGCUAUGGGCGCUGCCGGUGGAGCCAUGGUGUACGCGUUGAAUGCUGCCGUUCCGGAGGUUGCAGCCGCGAGUUUGCAUAAUUAUGUUGCCGGUUUCGAUGAUGCCGGAGCUGUUAAGAAGGAGGAAAUUGAACAGAUUGCCAAAAAAUAUGGUGUGAGCAAAACAGACCAAGUAUUCAGUGCAGAACUUGCAGAAUUAUACUGCCGAUUUGUUUCCUCUGUUCUACCUCCUGGGAGUGAAGACCUUAAAGGCAAUGAGGUUGAAACGAUAAUCAACUUCAAGAAUGCUUUGGGGAUUGAUGAUCCUGAUGCAGCUGCUAUGCACAUGGAGAUUGGUAGGCGCAUUUUCAGGCAAAGGCUUGAAACUGGCGACCGUGAUGGAGACGUUGAGCAACGCCGGGCAUUUCAGAAGUUGGUCUAUGUUUCAUCUCUUGUUUUCGGGCAAGCAUCGUCCUUCCUUUUACCUUGGAAGAGGGUGUUCAAGGUCACUGAUUCACAGGUUGAAAUUUCUAUCCGUGAUAAUGCCCAGAGAUUGUAUGCUUCGAAGCUAAAAUCAGUUGGUAGAGAUAUUGAUGCAGGGCAGCUUGUGAGCCUCAGAGAAUCACAACUUUCAUACAAACUCUCUGACGAGCUGGCUGAGGACUUAUUCCGGAACCAUACAAGGAAGCUGAUCGAAGGAAACAUAUCUGUUGCACUUGAUAUUCUGAAGACUAGAACAAAAGCAGCCACUGGAUUGAAGCAAGUAGUGGAAGAAAUUGAUGUCAUUCUGGCAUUCAAUGAUAAACUUAUUUCUCUGAAAAACCAUGCUGAUGCUGAUCGUUUUGCUCGUGGAGUCGGUCCAGUGUCUGUACUAGGUGGUGAGUAUGCUAGUGACAGAAAAAUGGAUGACUUGAAGCUUCUAUACAGAGUAUAUGUCACAGAUGCUUUAUCUGGUGGUCGGAUGGAAGACAGUAAGGUUGCCUCAUUGAACCAGUUAAAGAAUAUAUUUGGGCUGGGUAAAAGAGAAUCAGAGGCAAUCACACUUGAGGUUACCUCAAAGGUUUACCGAAAACGACUUUCACAGGCAGUUUCUGGUGGUGAUUUGGAGGUGGCAGAUAGCAAGGCAGCCUUCUUACAGAAUCUAUGUGAGGAAUUGCACUUUGAUCCACUCAAAGCAAAAGAGAUUCAUGAAGAAAUAUACCGCCAAAAGCUUCAGCAAUGCAUAGCUGAUGGAGAGCUUAGUGAAGCGGAUGUCAAAAGUCUGCUGCGGUUGAGAGUCAUGCUUUGUAUCCCAGAGCCGACCAUCGAAACGGCUCAUGCUGAUAUCUGUGGUGGCCUGUUUGAGAAGGUCGUCAAGGAUGCUAUUGCUUCAGGCAUUGAUGGUUAUGACAUGGAUGUUAGGAAGGCUGUUAGAAAGGCAGCCCAUGGGCUGAAGUUAUCUCGGGAGGCAGCAAUGUCUAUUGCCAGCAAGGCUGUCAGGAAGAUUUUUGUGACUUACAUAAAGCGAGCUCGCUCAUCGGAUAAUCGUACAGAAUCUGCCAAAGAACUGAAGAAAAUGAUUGCUUUCAAUUCUUUAGUCGUUACUGAACUGGUGGCUGAUAUUAAAGGAGAAUCUUCAGAUAUUAAACCUGAAGAGCCUGUGAAGGUGGAAGAAAAGAAACAAGUUGAUGAGGAUGAUGAGUGGGAUGAGGAGGAAUGGGAAUCCCUGGAAUCACUAAAGAAAGUGAAACCGGGCGAAGAACUGGAUGCAAAGAUAGGGAAGCCUGGGCAGUCAGAGAUAACCCUUAAAGAUGAUCUUCCUUUGAGAGAGAGGACCGACUUAUAUAAAACAUAUUUGCUCUAUUGCCUAACAGGGGAAGUCACAAGGAUUCCUUUCGGUGCUCAGAUUACCACAAAAAAGGAUGACUCUGAAUUCGUGUUCUUGAGUCAGCUGGGGAAUAUUUUGGGAUUGACAGUCAAGGAAAUCGUGGAUGUACACAGGGGACUUGCGGAACAGGCUUUCAGGCAACAAGCUGAAGUGAUUUUAGCUGAUGGGCAACUGACAAAAGCCAGGGUUGAGCAGCUCGAUGAAGUUCAGAAGCAAGUAGGAUUGCCAGCAGAGUAUGCUCAAAAGGUGAUAAAGAACAUUACCACCACGAAAAUGGCAGCUGCCCUUGAAACUGCUGUUGCUAGAGGGAGGUUGAACCUGAAGCAGAUACGAGAACUGAAGGAAGCCAAUGUAGAGAUCGACAGCAUGAUCUCCGAGAAGCUGAGAGAGAACCUGUUCAAAAAAACCAUCGAUGAGAUUUUCUCUUCUGGAACUGGUGAAUUUGAUGAGGUGGAGGUUUAUGAGAAGAUACCAGCUGACUUGAACAUUAAUGUUGAUAAGGCGAAAGGGGUGGUUCAUGAACUUGCAAGUAGCAGAUUAUCGAACUCCCUGAUUCAGGCUGUUGCACUAUUGAGGCAGAGAAAUCGAGCUGGAGUUGUCUCGGCGCUGAAUGAUAUGCUAGCAUCAGAUAAGGCUGUUCCUGCGGAGCCACAGAAGUGGGAGGUUCCGGAGGAGCUCUCUGAUCUAUUUACGAUUUAUAUGAGAAGUGACCCUGCUCCUGAAAAGCUGUCUCGGUUACAGUACUUGCUGGGAAUAAGCGACUCGACGGCUGCUGCACUGCGAGACGUGAAAGAUCAAGUCAUGUCAGUUGGAGCAGAGGAAGAAGAGUUUGCUUUCUGA